CUAGCAGAUUAAAAAUACUGCCCACGAAAUUUUCGACUUCCCACACAAAUGAUUCGGGGUCCACCAAAAUGGAGCCAACUACUCGUGUGAAAUUAAUGAAGAAAAAUUCUCCCCACCAAUGUUUCAAUCCACCUACUUUCUUAGUGAAUGUUUCUGUCCAUUGCCCCUUCAUUUCUUUCUUCUCUGCAGGUUUUCAGGUAUAAAUAAAAAUUUAAUGUGUUGCUCAAAUCAUUAAAGGAUUUGGAUUUGGAUCUCCACUGUGUGUGGAGUAAUGGGCCGCCUUAUCUGAUCUUCCUGUACUUCCUCUAGUUGUUAUAAUGUUUAAUGAGAAAUUCGGAGGCCCAACAUUUGAAAUUGAUUGAAUUUUCUCACAGAAAGAAUUUGCUAUCUCAUAAUGGCUGAAAGUGGGCGCCUUUAUGCUUUUGGGUGGGUUUACAGUAAAAGUCAGAGAGUGUCAUGAGUUCAUCAUCAAGUUUGAACAAGGAAAAGUAGGGACUGAGGCUUAGUUUGAUAUAUAUUUUCACUAAGGGAGUGAUAAAUUAUUCUAGUAGACUUGAAAGAAAUGGGAAGGCGCCAUUCAUGUUGUCACAAGCAGAAGCUGAAGAAAGGCCUCUGGUCUCCAGAAGAAGAUGAGAAGUUAAUGCAAUACAUUACAAAACAUGGCCAUGGUCGCUGGAGUUCUGUACCCAAGCUUGCAGGUCUAGAACGUUGUGGGAAGAGUUGCAGGCUACGUUGGAUAAACUACCUGAGGCCAGAUCUGAAGAGAGGGACAUUUUCUAGCUAUGAAGAGAACCUUAUCAUUAAUCUUCAUGCGAACCUUGGGAACAGAUGGUCGCAGAUAGCUACACAACUACCAGGGAGAACUGAUAAUGAGAUAAAGAACUUCUGGAACUCAUGCAUCAAGAAGAAGCUCAGGGCCAAGGGCAUAGAUCCCAGCACCCACAAGACCAUUACUGAUGUUCCAGGUAAUUCUGAGGAUAAAUCUGCAGAUCAUCAGCAAACUUCUUCCAAGGUUGAGAAGUAUCCUAGUUUUUCUCAUGAGCCUGCCAAUCAAGAUGAUAUAAAUUCCAUCAAGUCCAAUACAGCUUUCCUACAGAAACAAAUAUUUGGUCUUAACAGCUUUAACCAGGAGGCAGUAUCUCAAGCUUUUAGUAGCCGAACUCCCAACAAAUUAACAGAUCUAAAUCCAGCACCUAGCUGCAGUAACUCAGUUCUGUGGUUGCUAUCAGGCUCAACACAACCUCAAAUUUAUGGGUCUGCUGGAAUUUUCAAUGCCCAAGAAGAACAGCCUACAAUUAACCCUCACAUGAAGCCAAUUAGCUCAGAAUGUGCUCCAUACAAUACAAUGUCAUCCAGCAACUCCAUGAUUAUGGCCUCAACUCAUGCCAUUCCUAGAACUCAUACAACUUGCUUCUCUUCACCACUAUCAGAUAGAAUACUGCCAAUCCAGGAAGAAUUAUCAAAUGAUCUCAUGCAGCACUGUGAUAAUCAAGGCCAAAUCUGGGAUCCAGAGGAGAAAAACCAAUCUCUGAUGGAAAGCAAGAUUAAUUCCUUAGAUGGGUCUAUCAAAUGGUCCGAUUUUCUUCAGCAGCAGAGUUAUGACUCCACAGACAGAGAGAAGGGAAACUAUGGAAUUCCAUGGCAGUUGCAGGAAAGUCCACAUAUGUUCUACGAGAGAUCCACUCCUUCAUUGCAUCAUUCCACUGCAUCUCCUGACCUACAACAUUUUGCUGCUGUUCUGGACGAGAUUCAGCAGUGAAUAUAUUAUUAAUCAAGGCAAAACCAUUACUACUUUCAUCUAGAAGUACAAAUUCUUUGUAGCUUGCAUAUACUCAUGUAACAGGCCAAAAUAACGGAGUUGCCAUAACUGCAUGGUUGUGUUGUUCCAAUUUCAAUAAGCCAUUUUACUAGUCUUUCUUUCAUACUUCUCUCAUUCACUGAUUGAACUCCGACUGGACACAAUUACAAACUAUGUAGAAUAUUACAAAAUACAGUGAGUACACUCUAGAGCUGUCCAGAUAAAAUUAUUUUUGUUACAAGCUUGUUUACCAGAUUCGGUAAACAAGGAUAUAUAUAUAAUGCUUCCAUGUUAUUUUGUGCACAAGUAUAGAUUGAAUGUAUCAAAAUUUCCAAAUCA